GAGCAAGGAGGGAGGCUCUAGCCUGUCAGACCUGCAUGUAAGAAGGUAGGAAACGAACGAGGGGAAUGAAAUCCAGCAAGUCUCGGGGGUUCCAAGGAAUCCUGGUGAUAUGCAUCGUCGUCCUCCUCCUCCUCGCCAACCUCAUGUGGAUGAAGAAGGUUCAGUCGGACCAGGCCCUCCAUGAUGCAGAGAAGCGGAUAGUUGACUUGUCUUCCAAGAUCAAAGUUCUUCAAGGGUCGCUGUCUACCUCUCAGGUGGAGCAGGAGACGGAUCAUUCGCGCGUCAAGACUCUGAUGAUGAGGAUCAACGAGCUGGAGAGCAAGAUGGGAUUCUCGGGCGCCAAGGACACUAGCUCAGCGCUGCAAGGCUCGCCCAACGCGCCUCCUCCCAGCAUUGUGAAGGGAUCAACGGCUGGGAGAGGAGAGAGCGAGAGCGAGAGGAGAGAGAAGAGCAACGAGGUCAGUGCGAGCUUCCCCUCAUCCGUCCAGCAGUCAGCAGGAGGAGAGGAGGCUCAAGUCGUCCCCAUCAUUAUCUUUGCGUGCUGCCGAGCCAAGUACCUCGACAGGACCCUCAGCAUUGUGUUGGAAAGACUUCCGAAGCAGAGCAAAGUCAAGUUUGACAUCAUCGUCUCCCAGGAUGGUAAUGAUCCAUCUGUGAAGAGCCUGAUGCACACCAAGUAUGCAAACAUAAAGUUCUUGGAGCACAUGGAGCAGGUGGACCUCAGCACAGCCGGUCCCCAAGAGCAGGCGAGUUACUAUCGCAUCGCCCAGCACUAUGGCUGGUGCUUCAGCAAAGUGUUUGCGGACCAGAGAUACGAGUGGGCGAUCGUUCUUGAGGAUGACUUGGAGGUCGCCGUUGACUUCUUCGAAUACAUGAUGGCUGCUGCGGAGCUUCUCAAGAAGGAUCCUACUCUCUGGACUGCGACUGCCUGGAACGACAACGGCUUUCCCUCCUACUCUCAUGAUCCUCACAAACUUUAUCGCUCCGAUUUCUUCGGAGGACUGGGCUGGCUGCUCACCCGCAAGCUCUGGCAAGAGUUAGGACCCAAGUGGCCUAAGGCGUACUGGGACGAUUGGAUGAGAGAGCCGAAGCAGAGGAUGGGGAGAGCAUGUAUCCGACCACAGAUCUCACGGACGGUGACAUUUGGAAAGGAAGGAACAAGUAACGGGCAGUUUUUCGAUAGUCACCUAUCAAAGAUGGUCCUGAAUUCCGUGCAUAUCGCAUGGACCACAAAAGAUAUCUCCUUCCUCCUCAAAGAAAACUACGACGAGCAGCUCAGGAGGCAGGUGGAGGAGGCCCCGCUAGUCGGCCUGCAUGACUCUCGAGCUACCGGCAAGAUUUUCUACAAAGACCACCCGAGCUUCAAGGUUUUGGCGCAGAGUAGGACAUUGUGAUCGUCCAGCGAGCUGCAGAUCGAGUGCUCUACCUAGUGAAGAAAGAAUAGAGAAACAACACC